AGCAGGGGUGGAACUGGAUUCUUCCUGGAUGAGGAUCUGGAUGGAGGUGGAGCUGCACCCCUUGUACAGAAUGUCUGCGAGUCCCAGGCCAGGUGCUCCCUGCAGGGCAGGAGCUCCCACGAUUGUAGUGGCCUCUGGGAGAAGACAGACACCUUCCCACAGGGGCCCCUCCCCAGCCAGAGCUACACUUGGCAAACCUUUGGUCCUAAAUGAUUUAUUCUCUGAAUUGAAGAAAUAGGGUUUACAUAUCUUCCAAGUAUAUAUGUAGGGUUGAUUUGGGAAGCAGAGCACAGCAGCCCAAAUUUGCUUGUAAUGUCGGCGGCUACAGCCUGCUGGCCUGCCUUCACUGUCCUGGAGGAGGCAUGGAGAGACCAGGUGGACUGGAGUAGACUAUUGAGAGACGCUGGUCUGGUGAAGAUGUCCGGGAAACCACGAGCCUCCAGCCCAUUGCUCAACAACCACCCACCAACACCAAAGAGGUUCCCAAGACAACCCGGAAGGGAAAAAGGACCCGUCAAGGAAGUUCCAGGAACAAAAGGCUCUCCCUAAAAGACCACCGCUUCAAAAAAACCCAAGGAAUGGAGUGGGCCAACACUAUCCAGCCGCUCUGACCAGCCGAAGGAGGAACUCAAUCAAAAUGAGCCACAGUAGGACCACAAGGGCAAGGAGACCAGCAGCUUCUCCAGUGUCUCUUUGGGCAGCCAGUAAUUCCGGGGCAAGGCCAGAAACCUCAAGGCUAUCUGGAAAAGUCUCCAGAGGUCUAACCCCAGAUAAGUAGCCAACUGGGUAUAGAGUACAUUUUACACCCCAAAGGGUAUGCCCCAUGGUGAUGAAAAUAAAGUGAACAUGUGCAAAAUGA